CUAGAAAGCUGUUUCCCUCUCUCUUUCAUUUAGACUCAUCAAUAUCAUCCCAUUCUGGCCUCCAUGAUCAUAUAGCUUCCUUCAAUCACAAAACAUGGGAACUCCAGUAAACAUCAUAGUUGGAUCCCAUGUUUGGGUCGAGGAUCCUGACAUCGCCUGGAUUGAUGGAGAAGUUACAGAAAUUAAUGGCGCGGAUGCUACUAUUGUUACAACAAACGGGAAAACAGUUAUUGCAUCUAUUUCCAGUAUAUACCCAAAGGACACAGAAGCCCCGCCAGCAGGGGUUGAUGACAUGACAAAGUUAGCUUACCUCCAUGAGCCGGGAGUUCUAUCCAACCUUGCUUCUCGGUAUGCGCUCAAUGAAAUAUAUACUUACACUGGGAAUAUUCUGAUUGCGGUCAACCCUUUCCAGAGGCUGCCACAUCUCUAUGAUAUCCAUAUGAUGAGGCAGUAUAAAGGUGCUCCUUUCGGGGAGCUAAGUCCACAUCUUUUUGCAGUUGCAGAUACCUGCUUCAGAGCAAUGAUUAACGAACACGGGAGCCAAUCCAUCCUAGUCAGUGGAGAGAGUGGAGCAGGUAAAACCGAGACAACAAAAAUGUUAAUGAGAUACCUUGCAUUCAUGGGUGGUAGAUCUGGCACAGAAGGAAGAACAGUUGAGCAACAAGUUCUGGAGUCCAACCCAGUGCUCGAAGCCUUUGGAAAUGCCAAGACUGUCAAAAACAACAAUUCCAGUCGUUUUGGUAAAUUUGUAGAGAUCCAAUUCGAUAAACAUGGGAAGAUCUCUGGGGCUGCAGUUAGGACUUACCUUCUUGAAAGAUCACGUGUUUGCCAAGUCUCGGACCCAGAGAGGAACUACCAUUGUUUCUACAUGCUUUGUGCAGCACCUCCGGAGGAUGUGAAAAGAUACAAAGUCGGAGAUCCAAGAACAUACCAUUAUCUUAAUCAAAGUAACUGCUAUGAAGUGGCAAACGUAGAUGAUGCAAGAGAGUAUCUUGAAACCAGAAAUGCCAUGGAUGUUGUUGGAAUAGGACACGAUGAGCAGGAUGCUAUAUUCCGUGUAGUGGCUGCAAUACUACAUCUUGGAAAUAUCAACUUCAUCAAAGGGAAGGAAGUCGAUUCCUCAGAAUUAAAGGACGAAAAGUCCCUUUAUCAUCUUAAAACAGUAGCAGAGCUGCUCAUGUGCGAUGAGAAGGCACUGAAGGACUCGCUUUGUAAACGUGUAAUUGUAACUCCCGAUGGAAACAUUACAAAGCCACUAGAUCCAGCUGCAGCAGCUACGAGUCGGGAUGCCCUGGCAAAGACAAUAUACUCGAGAUUAUUUGAUUGGAUGGUAGACAAGAUAAACAGUUCAAUUGGUCAAGAUCCCAAUGCAAAAAGCAUCAUAGGAGUGCUUGACAUUUACGGCUUUGAGAGCUUCAAAAUUAACAGUUUCGAGCAGUUAUGCAUCAACUUAACAAAUGAGAAGCUGCAACAGCAUUUCAAUCAGCACGUAUUCAAGAUGGAACAAGAAGAAUACACAAGAGAAGAAAUCAACUGGAGUUAUGUAGAAUUUGUAGAUAACCAAGAUGUUUUGGACCUUAUUGAGAAGAAACCUGGAGGCAUAGUAGCUCUUCUUGAUGAAGCCUGUAUGUUCCCGAAGUCAACACAUGAGACCUUUGCCCAAAAAAUGUACCAAACAUAUAGAGGACACAAACGGUUUAGCAAACCAAAACUUGCUCGUACCGACUUCACAAUCAAUCAUUAUGCUGGUGAUGUCACUUACCAAGCUGACCACUUCCUUGACAAAAAUAAGGACUAUGUGAUAGCAGAACAUCAAGCUCUUCUGACUGCCUCUCUCUGCACUUUUGUAGCAAAUCUCUUCCCUCCAUUACCUGAGGAAACAUCCAAGCAGUCCAAGUUCUCUUCCAUAGGUACCCGCUUUAAGCAACAAUUGCAAUCUUUAAUGGAGACCUUGAGCACUACGGAACCACACUAUAUCAGAUGUGUAAAGCCCAACGCAGUUCUGAAGCCAGGAAUAUUCGAGAACGUAAAUGUCUUAAACCAGCUAAGAUGUGGGGGUGUCUUGGAGGCAAUUAGGAUUAGUUGUGCGGGAUAUCCAACAAAAAGAACAUUCGAUGAGUUCCUUGACCGAUUUGGUAUGUUAGCUCCAGAAACUCUUGACGGAUGCGAUGAAAAGUCUGCAUGCAUAGCAAUUUGUGAGAGGAUGGGUUUGAAGGGCUACCAGAUAGGGAAAACAAAGGUGUUUCUCAGAGCUGGGCAGAUGGCUGAAUUAGAUGCUAGAAGAACUGAAGUUCUGGCCCAUGCUGCAAGGCUCGUUCAGAGACAAAUUCGAACAUAUCUUACACGCAAAGAGUUCAUUAUUCUUCGAAAAGCUACAAUUCGUCUGCAGAAACAUUUGAGAGCACGACUUGCACGAAAGCUGUAUGAAUGUAUGAGGAGAGAAGCUGCUUCAAUCCACAUACAAAAGCAUGCGCGUGCCCUUGCUGCAAGAAAAUCUUACAAGCAACAACAAGCAGCAGCUAUAGUUAUUCAAACUGCAAUGCGAGCAAUGGCAGCAAGAAACGAAUACAGGUGGAGAAGACAAAACAAGGCUGCUUGUAUUAUUCAGACAAAAUGGAGAAAAUACUAUGCUCAAUCUGUCUAUAAACAGAAGAAGAAAGCAAAUCUUGCACUUCAAUGUCUCUGGAGAGCCAGGUUAGCAAGGAAGGAGCUCCGGAAACUACGCAUGGCUGCAAGAGAAACAGGAGCACUUAAGGAAGCAAAGGACAAGCUUGAAAAGCGUGUUGAAGAGCUAACAUGGAGACUAGAACUUGAAAAGAAUUUGAGGAUAGAUCUUGAAGAAGCAAAGGGGCAGGAAAUCGCAAAACUGCAAACAGCUUUACAAGAAAUGCAAGGGCAACUAGAGGAAGCCCGUGCUGCAAUUAUUCAUGAGAAAGAAGCUGCAAAGAUAGCCAUUGAACAAGCCCCACCUGUCAUAAAAGAAGUACCUGUAGUGGAUACCACUAAAGUGGAGCAGUUGACAAAUGAAAACAAUAAACUUGAGGAUGAAAUAUCAGAGCUGAGGAAGAGAGUAGAUGAGUUUGAGAAGAGCUUGUCUGAAGCUGAAAAGGAGAGUCAGGCUAGACUUAAAGAGGCUGAAGAAUCACAGCUGAAAGCUUUGCAACUUCAAGAGAACAUUGAAAGAUUGGAGCUGAAUCUAUCCAACCUUGAAUCAGAAAAUCAGGUUCUACGCCAGCAGGCUUUAACUGCAUCAACGAAUGAUGACCUUGCUGAAGAAAUGGAAGUACUAAAGAGCAAGAUCAAGGAUCUGGAGUCAGAAAAUGAGCUUCUCCGCACUCAAAGAGUAGUUGUAGAGCAUGUAGCAAACUCCGACCAAGCAGAUUCAGCAUUAAAGCAAAUGCAAAUUGUAAAUGGAUACCAAGUUCAUGAAGAUGUGAAGACAGAGGAAGUGCAGCAAGUGACAAAAGUGGAGCAACAAAUAACAAAGGAUUCCUAUCCUCCCAUCUCUUUAACGAAACAAAGAUCACUGACAGAUAGGCAGCAGGAAAGCCAUGACAUACUCAUAAAGUGUUUCAUGGAAGAGAAACAAUUUGACAAGGGCAGACCUAUUUCUGCUUGCACUGUCUACAAAGCACUUCUUCAGUGGAGAUCCUUCGAAGCAGAAAAAACAAACAUAUUUGACAGGAUUAUUCACACUAUCCGGAUGUCCGUAGAGAGCCAAGAUAACAUCAAUGAUCUAGCAUAUUGGUUGUCAACAACUUCAACUCUGUUGUUCCUUCUACAAAGCACAAUUAAAGCAAGUAACAUGCCAACUAAAGCCACAUCUCGCAAUCGCAGCUCACCAACCACAUUGUUUGGCAGAAUGGCACAGGGAUUCCGCACGCCUUUAUCAAGCAUGGGAAUUUCCAGUGGAUACAGUGGAAUGGAAGGAAACCCAAGUGCCCGGUCAAGAAUAGAAGCAAAAUAUCCAGCAUUGUUGUUUAAGCAACACUUGACUGCAUGCGUUGAGAAAAUAUAUGGGAUGAUCCGUGAUAGUUUAAAGAAAGAAAUAAGUUCAUUCCUAAAUAUGUGCAUCCAUGCACCGAGAUCUGCAAGGAUAAGACCACUAAGAGGUUCAUCCAAAAGCAUACAUUCAAGCAUGAUUGCAAAACAACAGGCAUCCAGUAUACAUUGGCAGAAUAUUGUCAAGAGCCUUGAUCAUACCUUAAGCAUACUGUCUGAGAACUAUGUCCCUUCAACAAUCUCAAGGAAAAUAUUCAGCCAGGUUUUCUCAUACAUAAAUGUCCAACUUUUCAAUAGCUUAUUGCUUCGGCGUGAGUGCUGCUCAUUUAGCAAUGGGGAAUAUCUAAAGGCUGGUUUGCUAGAACUGGAGCAUUGGUGUGUUAGAGCAUCAGAACAGUAUGUUGGAUCAUCAUGGGAUGAGCUUCAGCACAUCAGGCAAGCUGUCGGGUUUCUGGUGUCGCAUCAGAAAGCUCAAAAAUCGUUGGAGGAAAUAACAACUGAACUGUGCCCGAUGUUGAGCAUACCACAAAUAUACCGCAUUGGAACUAUGUUUUGGGAUGACAAAUAUGGAACUCAGGGAUUAUCUAAGGAGAUAAUUAGCAAGAUGAAAGUACUAACAGUAGAAGAUUCAUCCAAUGUGCCAAAUAACACAUUCUUGCUUGAUGUGGAUUCAAGCAUACCAUUCUCAAUUGAAGAGAUAUCGCAAUCUUUCUGUGGUAUCAGCCUAUCUGAUGUUGAUCCGCCUCCUCUCCUCCGCCAAAGAUCAGACUUCCAUUUCCUACUGCAGUCAACAGACUAAAAGUUUCGAUAUUUUUUCUUCUUCAUUUACCUACUCCACACAGAAAGAGGAAUGAUACAGCUACAGGUCUACAGCAAUUCAUUGAUUUGAUUUGAUUUUUUUCUCUUUUUUUUUUUUUUUUUUUUUUUUUUUGGGUUGAUAGAAAGUGAAUGACGAGUGUUGGGUUCUAAAUCUUUGUAUUUUUUGACGAGUGUUACAAUGUAUAUCCUUUCUUUGGUGUUCUACAUUUUUCUCAUGCAUUUGGAUGGUGAUUCUACAAAAUUUUGGUGUGCGGAAUUGAAUUGUAGUAAAAGAGAAUGGAGUGAAUGAGAAAACAGAAAAUUCAUCGUCCCAA